GUCACUAAGCCCCGCCCCUCAUUCUCGGACUGCAGUGAAAGGAUAACAAAUGGAAAGGUUAGCAAGGAUGUCACCCUCCUAACGCUUCGUCUAGAAGUCGAGUCUUGAGGAAGAUUGUUUAUCAUUGUGUGAUGAAAAUAAAGCACGGAAUAUCUUGAGGAUUGCGAUUUGACAUCAUGGCUUCAAUCCCUUCACUAAGACGAACUGAUUCCGCCAAGGGGGAUUUAUCUCCCCUGAAGCACUUUGUUUUGGCAAAGAAGAAGAUAAGUGAUGUGUUUGAGCAACUACUGCAGUACGUGAAAGAAAGUUCAGAGUUUGUUGAAGAAACCUGUCAAAAUAAAGCUUUGGAGGAUAUAGCAAGCGAGGACCAGAAGAUAGAGAUCCAGGCCUAUACAGACAAACUGACGGUCAUUAAAGAAGUUCUGGCCCGUAGACACAUGAAGGUGGCCUUCUUUGGAAGGACCAGCAAUGGGAAGAGCACGGUGGUGAAUGCCAUGCUGAGGGACCGCGUGCUGCCCAGCGGCAUCGGCCACACCACCAACUGCUUCCUGAGCGUCGAGGGAACCGACGAGGACAAGGCCUACCUCAAGACCGAAGGCUCCGAUGAAGAGAAGAGCAUCAAGACGGUGAACCAGCUGGCCCACGCCCUCCACAUGGACGAGAGUCUGGACGCCGGCUGCCUGGUCCGCGUCUUCUGGCCAAAGACCAAGUGUGCGUUGCUCCGGGACGACCUGGUGCUCGUGGACAGCCCCGGGACAGAUGUUACAACACAGCUGGACAGCUGGAUAGACAAGUUCUGCCUGGACGCAGAUGUGUUUGUGCUAGUGGCCAACUCCGAGUCCACACUUAUGAACACGGAAAAGCACUUCUUCCACAAAGUGAACGAGCGGCUGUCCAAACCCAACAUCUUCAUCCUCAACAACCGCUGGGACGCCUCGGCCAACGAGCCCGAGUACAUGGAGGACGUCAGGAAGCAGCACACGGACCGCUGCAUCAACUUCCUGGUGGAGGAGCUGAAGGUGGUGGACCGCGAGCAGGCGCCCAACCGCAUCUUCUUCGUGUCGGCCAAGGAGGUGCUCAACUCCCGCAUGCAGCGAGCGCAGGGCAUGCCCGAGACCGGAGGGGCUCUGGCUGAGGGCUUCGAGGAGAGGCUGAAGGAGUUCCAAUGCUUUGAGAGGAGGUUUGAGGAGUGUAUCUCGCAGUCAGCAGUGAAAACAAAGUUUGAGCAGCACACUAUCAGGGCCAAGCAGAUCAUAGAAACGGUCCAGGGAAUCAUGGACAGCAUCAACAUUGAGGCGGCCGAGAAGAGAGUGGCAGCGCAAGAGGACAGGGAGUACCAGAUAGACCGGCUGGAGUUCGUAAAGAACCAGCUCAACCUACUGAUUGACGACACCAAGAAGAGGAUCAAGGCCAUCAGCGAGGAGGUGGCGUCCAAGGUGUCCAGUGCCAUGGGGGAGGAGAUUUGCCGCCUAAACGUGAUCAUCGACGAGUUCCACGCAGAUUUCCAUCCUUCCUCCAAUGUGCUCAAGAUCUACAAGUCGGAGCUCCUGUCCCACGUGGAGGAGGGCAUGGGCAAGAACCUGGCCUUCCGCUGCUCCAGUGCCAUCAACGCCUCCGUCCUGUCCUACCAGAAGGACAUGAUAGACAACAUGCUGCCCCUACUGCCCUCCGUCAGCCAGGGCCAGAUCCACAUGCUGGUGCCCAGCCGGAAGUUUGACCUGAGCUACGACCUGAACUGCGCCUCGCUCUGCAGCGACUUCCAGGAGAACAUCGAGUUCCAGUUCUCCCUGGGCUGGUCGUGCCUCGUCCACCGCUACCUGGGGCCCGCCAACGCACAGAGGGCCCUCAAGCUCAUGGACCAGAACUUCCAGCCAGCGCUGACGGCGGCGACCACGCCCACCUCCGGCCCCCCCGCCCCCUCCAGCGCCGUGGCCCUGCCCAGCCAGGAGGCGGCCGUCAUGAGCCAGGAGGACCUGAUGGUCGCCGUGGCAACCAACCUGGCGUCCAUCACCUCCCGCACCUCCGUGAGCGUGCUGGUGGUGGGAGGGGUGGUGUUCCGGACGCUGGGCUGGCGGCUGAUCGCCUUGUCGGGCGCCAUCUACGGCACGCUGUACCUGUACGAGCGGCUCACCUGGACCACGCGGGCCAAGGAGCGCACGCUGAAGCGGCAGUUCGUGGACUACGCCACGGAGAAGCUGCAGCUCAUCGUCAGCUUCACCAGCUCCAACUGCAGCCACCAGGUCCAGCAGGAGAUGGCCACCACCUUCGCCCGCCUCUGCCAGCAGGUGGACCAGACCCAGAAGGAGCUGGAGGCUGAGAUCCGCCGCCUCACGGCCAACAUAGACCAGCUGGAGCACGUCCAGAGCCACUCCAAGACCAUGCGACACAAAGCCACCAAGCUGGAGAGCCAGUUGGAGGACUUCAUCACCCAGUAUCUGCGCCUCCCUCUGGACUGAUACACCUUUCUCUCUCCCGCUCCCUCUCUUUAAUAUCUCCUGUGGAGUCUUCUUCUCCACCCCGCAAGACCUCGGGCCCGCGCCUCAAACCGUAGCCACUUUUUUGAUGUGGCCUGAACCCUAAGUAGCCCGCCCACCCCCACCAUCGCUCCACUUCUCCGAAGCCCGAGAAAGGCUCUUACCGUGAGGACAGGCCGUGUUCAACACGUGUAAUAAAGGUGUAUUCCCUGCCUUCCUUAAGGAAUAGAUGAAAGGACUAGUGGCAGCUAAACCAAUCCCCCAGAAAGACCGCCUUAAAAUCUCCGGCAGGAUAGUCUUUGGGGGGGGCCAAUGUUUUACUCCACUCCCAUGUUUUUCUAACUGUGAAUUAGAGAUUUUUUUUUCCCAGACUAACUUUUCAUUAGUAUAAACAGUUUGAGUGUGUGUGUAUGUAUAUGUGUGUGUAUAAGAGAAGUAUAUGUAAAAAAAACGAAAUUGGUUGAUCUGUUGGAUCUAUGAAUCAGUGUUGGUCUUGCACAGAGUUAAAGUGCAUGCAGAAUGUGUGAGGUUUUGAUGAAUCAUCAGAUACACGGAAGAGAACAAAAAGAGGCAUUUUCUUUUUGGGACUCAAUCGAUACCGUGUAGAUAAGUCUUUUGAUACUGCCAUGCAUUUUCUAAAGUCUUGUCGUUUAUACCCGUUAGACCAGACAUGAUUUUUGUGAAUGAAUGCGUUAACCCUUCUGAUUUUCCAGGACGUAUUAUAAGAAACUGAGUAAAUGUUUGAAGAAAAUAUGGUCUGUUUGUGUGCUUUUGCUUUAAAAGUUUUAUUCUUUAAUCGUUUGCGUCUUAUUUUGAAACUGAAUUGGUCAACUACCAAAAUUCCCCACAUUAGGUCAAAUUUUUUGAAAAAAGGUUGAAAUAGGCGACAUGAAAAAGCCAUAGUUUGAAGUUGCUGCAGUGUACUCUACUCAAUCUUAUUACUUUGUGCAAAAACCGGCACUUUUAUUUCUUAAGCCACAAAAUGAGGACAGAUAUUUUGGUUAAAAGCUUUUUUUUUUUUAUUGGUUACGAUAUCAACUCAUGGCAACAUCAGUAUCACCACGCCACUGUACAAAUACAAAAACAGAAAACAAAAAAAUUGGUGUGAAAAAGACUAUAAAAAUUAUUCCAUAACAAGUGAUUAUAUCUUCACACAAUAGAACUGUAAGAUAAUUAUCAUGGCACCAAGUCCCUGGUUCUCACUGGCUUAAAAUACUUAAUAAAUUAAAAGGGAAAGGAAAAAGUGAUGCCAAAGGGCAGUGCAUUACUCUGUGACGGCCAGGUGAGGUGUUGGAACACAUUUUGUGGUGGUGGAAUCUUGUAUUUUUUUGGACAUACCCAACAAGUGACAGUUAAUGUCAAUACUUAAAAUAAAUUGCGUAUGGUAGUGCAAAUGUAAUCCUCAAAACACUGCCUUGAUGGAUCUAGAACACAGUAAAUAAACACCUGUUUCUUUCAAUUUAAAAAACAACUUGUGGCCCACGUUUGAUAGCCGCAAAUGGCAGUUGUAAUUACUGUUCAAAUAUCGGCGGGAAUUCUUGAUAUUAAACUAAUCUUUCAUAAUACUUAACUGAUAUGAGUGAGUUUUCCAAAAUAGAUUUGUUUAUCAAAUAAGGUGCAGUCUGGUAUGAAUCCUUAAAAACAAAUACUGAGCCAAAAUUAGACCUACAAUGAUUCAAUAUAUAAACACCUUUUUUUUUUUUUAUGUGUGAGACAAUUGAAGUCCCAACUGCUAAUACUGUUGAAUUAUGCACAGCAAAAAAAAAACUAAAACGAGAUGCUGUCCACUAAAUAUCUGAUUCAGUGGUGACAGUCAACUCUUCUGUCCAGUGGUUAGGGCUAAGGUGUAGUUUGGAUCAGACACGGCUCACCAUCAAACCAACAUCUGUGUACGGUGGCUUUAUUCACUCCCAACAAAUGGCAUCGCAGUGGUGUAUGUAUGCAUUCUUGGCAGAACACUUUUCAAAUGAAUAAUAGUACUGUGGAGCCAUUAGGAUGCACAAAGAGAAAAAUUCUAACAUUGGUGAUAGGCAAAUCUAUAUUUGCGUCAAGCAUCUGAUUGGGUGCAGAAAAAUGAUGUUGAUACAUAUUGGGAAAGCUGGCACUUUUGACAUAAUGGAUUAUACAAAUGAACAAAAAGCAAGUGGUUUGUGUCUUGGGUCGUUCACAGCUCCAUGGCGAACGUUGGCACACAUGAGGAACUAACGAUUCUAUGUUAUCCGUAUGGAUUAGUCCCGCCCUCCCUCACCCCAUCAACACUGAUGGGCAACACAUCCUAGGCAACAAUAGGAAGUUCUCAGGCUUAAAAAAAAAAAGUAAAACAUACCAUCUCAUAAUGCAUUCUCUUGUAAAAAAAAACCAGUUAUAAAUGAACCUAAAAACCAAAAGGUAAAAUAAAAUUACAGUAUUUCAGGGGGAGAUGCACCGAUACUUGAUUGAACACUAACAAAGUACUGCGACAAGGAUGGUAGUACAAGAUUUUAAAUAUUAAAAAGUGAUAAUACAGCAUUCAAAGCAUGUGGUGGUGAUUUGAAGCAUGGGUGUUUAGUGUUCACUAGUAUAGGCAGCGUUAUGUGCUUGCUGAAGGAAAAUGAUCGUUCUUUGGACUCUUGGCCCAUCUGCCCCUUUGACCCCCUGCGAGAACUAAGCUCUCGUGGCUGGGAAUAACACUCUGCUGUACUCGAUGCAAGCGUUGGGGUUUGGUUUUGGGGAUUUCUUUUUUUUUCACUUCGAGCUAUCGUAAGGCAGAAUGGAGACACAAUUUGGGGCCAAUCUCUAAAGCACAAAUUCUCCUCAGCAGUCACACACAUGGCAAGUACAGGCACCGGAAAUAGCCAACGGGCAGGUCGAAUGAAUGUCCAUCUGUGUAAUCUGUGAAAUAAAACAUCCAAAAUCUUUCAACGGAAACCAAAAAAACGAACAAAAAAUGAAAUGGCAGAGAAAAUAUACAUAUAAAAAAAAUUAAUCAUCAGAUACCACUUGUCCCAGUAAAUACAUCACGUGCUUGAUUCUUUACAUUGGUACUAAAGUCUAAGUAUAACUAGCUAUCAGGUGUCCAUUUCGGUCUACCGAGUGUUUUUUUUCCUCUUAGAAAUACCUUUCUGUUCAUUGCAUGUUCUUGUUGAAAGACAAAUGAUAAUUUCAUGUUAAAUACAGAUCAUCACAAAAUAAGUGUUCUUUUUUUGUUAUGUUUUUUUUUUAAUUCAUUUUUUUACACACGUGUGGUAGCACUAUUGUGGUUUCGGAAUCGAGUGUAGGCUCAGACGUUGUCAAGGAAAAUGGUUGUUUUUUUUGUUGCCCAUCCUUCACGUGAAAGAAAAUACAAAAGUCCACCUUGCUGUCAGUUUGAAUCUCCGCCCUCUUUUCUCGCCCUG